CGCCCUUGGCAGCGUGUGACGACCGACACUCCGAGCAACAUGGCGAAGCUUAGCAAAGAAACCAAACAGCGGCUGCAACAGGUCUUCCAAUGCGGACAGUUCGUCAUCCGGUGGGGUUUUAUCCCCACGGUGCUCUAUUUAGGAUUCAAACGAGGGGCGGAUCCAGGGAUGCCUGAGCCCACGAUUCUGAGUUUGCUGUGGGGCUGAAGUCCUGACCCGGGCAGGGGGAGCACCCGUCCCAGCAGAGAGGUGCAGACGACCUGAAUCAUAUGACUGAAGCCGGGUGCUCAGCCCCACACGCCUUCGGCCGCAUGUGUUUAGUAAGAGCAGAAUCUGCUGCUUCUCGUGUACGGAGCACACCUCGUCUGCACUGGCAGCAGAUUCUCUUUGUUCAGACGUUCCUUGGUCAGUGUCUCAGGUUGACUGCUUGUAUCUCUCUUCAGCUGCGUUUUUGUCAUUUUUUUUCUCACCAUGUGACAAGCCUGGGGCAGUCAGUCGUGUACUGAGUGUUUGUUGAAUAAAAAAAGCGUAAAAUCUUAUUUCUGUUCACUUAGUAUGUUUACAUAAAUCUGAUAUUAUUGAAUAUAGCAGAGAAGUGCAUGCUGUGGUCUGUAACGUCAGAAGCAGCUGUACAGGUGUUCACAGGCGUGUUUGAAUCGCUCGUAAUGGAGGCAGCAGCAGG